CGGGCAACCCGCAUUUCAGAUGAGACGAAUUUGCUGUACAGGUUGCAUGACUCGUUUACUUGCGUGUGAUGACGCCCCCUAGUGAAAGAGACCAACAGGGAUGGCAACAAUGCUACCGAAGCCAGGGUCACACAUGUGCGGAACACUGGAGCACAGUGUAUAGUAAGUAGCACACAGUAGACAAUGCGGAUCAGGAAACGCGAGGCGUAUGAAACUUGACUUUACAUGGAAAUAUUUGAAAGGGAGUUUGGUGCACCGGCACCUUCGAGCAAGAAUAUGACGGUUUUGAUGACAUUCUGAAAAGUCAGUCCACAUUUCAAUGAGGAGAGACGAUGGAUUAUCUUUCAACUCUGCAGCUCAGCUUGCAUUCGGACUUUUCGAAUCGUGUCCUGCUCUUGCAUGGUCUGUCUGGGUGGCCUCCUAGCAGCGGAUCUUAUGUCAUCUGCGAGGUGGAAUCAUCAUCAGAUCCGAGCUCUGGCGGCACCGACAGUGAAACUCAAUUUGUAGUUCAAGCCAUUCCAAGACCGUCCUCUGCUCGCAACAAGCUUACCAAUGGAGUUAGUGUCAGAUAUGGUCAUGAAGUACAGGAGAUCGAAUUUAAAGAAGGCGAUGGCAAGCUUCCCUCACCGACGGAGAUCCAUGAAGUUGGACAGGAAUUGUCAGCAGACCAUGACUUGGAAGGACGGGUAGAUGGGCCAGGGAAGCGUUCUCCACACUCCGUUAUCACGGAGUCCACAGGUCACUCUAAUCACGAGACUGUCUCCACCAAGGACAGUGUGGCAGGCGCGGAGGCCAGCUUGAUAUCUUGUUGUCUCGCUGUUUUGGCUCCUGGCGUACACAUUAAGCAAGCUUCUUAUGACGAGCUUGUGCGUGUGGUGAAGAAGGGGCGCUGUGGUGUCACUGAAUCGAAAUCUCUGCCACCACCAUCCGUGCCCGCUAAUCUUGACGAGUUAACGAAAAUUCAAGGGAUGGGCCCCGACAAACUCAGUCAGAGAGUGGACAGUCAGUUCUCCCAUAGCCAGGAUUACCUCUUCAGCGAGAAGAUUGCACAUCCAAACUUGGCUCCUGCCUUGGGAGCACUCCAAGGGAAGUCUUUGAUGUACAUACUGUAUCAAACAAUGCCUCUCACGGUGGAGUCCUUACUGCAUUUCAGCCCCAGCGCAUUUGGAGGGGAAAAUCAUAUUCGACUUAUUAUAUUUCAGAUUUUGUCAGGAUUAGAUUACUGCCACAAGCAGGGUCUUACUCAUGGGGAUAUACGACCUUCGAACUUAUUAUUGACGGAGAAUCUUUGGUGUAUGAUCACUGGUUUUUUCAGUGGAUUCCUGCAGGAACCAAAGAAUCUGUUAGACGUUCGAGGUCCACCUGUUAAUGUAUCUGAAUCAGCAGCAAACGAGGGACCUGGUUAUAACCUUGGUCCCCAAAGGAGCAUAGGUGGAUUUUCUUCAGAUUGGAGAGGCGUGAUAAAACGUUGGUGGGCUGGCGAGGUCAGCAAUUAUGAUUACCUGCUUUUGUUGAAUAAGUUAGCUGGAAGAAGGUGGGGGGAUCCCUGCUUCCACACCGUAGUACCAUGGGUGAUCGAUUUUAGCGUAAAGCCAGAACAGAAUUCAAGGUUAGGGUGGCGAGAUCUGACAAAAAGUAAGUGGCGCUUGGCAAAGGGAGACGAGCAACUGGAUUUCACCUAUGCUAGUGCAGAAAUGCCUCACCAUGUUUCGGAUGAGUGUCUCUCAGAACUGGCUGUUUGCAUCUAUAAAGCACGACGUUUGCCCUUGCUCGUUCUUCGGCGUAUAGUCCGCUCUGUGUACGAACCGAAUGAGUAUCCCGCCAAUAUGCAGCGCCUUUACCAGUGGACUCCAGAUGAGUGUGUUCCUGAAUUUUACUGCGACAGUCACAUAUUUGAAUCCAGUCAUGUAGGGAUGAAUGAUCUAGCUGUUCCGACGUGGGCAACGAACGCCAAGGAUUUUAUAUCAUUACACCGGGCAGCCCUUGAAAGUGAGAGAGUAUCGCAACAACUACAUCAUUGGAUUGAUCUCACGUUUGGCUACAAAUUAUCUGGGAAGCCUGCAGUAGAUGCCAAAAAUGUUACUUUGUCGACAGUAGGUCCAACGGUGCCCCGCUCAAGUGGACGACGUCAGCUAUUCUUCAGACCUCACCCUCGACGACUACAUUGUAAGACUGCCGAUGUUGUUUUGGACAAAGCGCUUGCACCAGCAUCCAGAGAGGUCUCACCUGAUCAUGUUCUUUCGAGCACACUACGACCGUUGGAGUGCCUAGAAGAGGUGAUUUCUUUCUCUGAGGCAGCCAGGUAUCUCUGCCCCGCUUACAAAGUUAAAAGCGUGAGCAUGUCUGCAAACAUAGGUAAACAAAGAUCAACUGGUGAACACAGGGUAGAAGAUCCUCUAGUGAAUUCACAAAGGGAGCCAACAGCUGUCGCUGAUGUGUUGCAUGCGAAACUUUACUCUCCUUCUCUCGAGAUUAUAAGCAGACUGUUAGAGGAUAGUAGCUCUUACAGGGAGCUCGUGGAGUGCCUGUACGUAGACGGAGAUGAUUGGGAGAAGGAGGGGAUGUACGAGGUUCGUUGUUUAAAUGUGAAGAGAGAAGAACAACACAAAGAGGUUCGUGUUGGAAGUGAAGAUAUAUUUGCCGCAGGUUGCUUGAUUGCAGAACUUUAUCUGCGUAAACCUCUUUUUGACCCAGUCACAGCCAACGCUUACAAUAUCCACGGAACUCUUCCUGGCCUUAUGGAUCUCCUUCCACCUAGCGUACGACUUUUUGUGGAAUGUACACUUGACAAGGAUCUACUGAGGCGUCCAACGGCAUCAAUGCUUCUGCAAUCUCAAUUUUUCUCCCCAGUUAUCCGGGCAGUGUAUUAUUUCCUGGCUCCUCUCAAUGUGCUGAGAAGUAAAGCAGAUCGUCUCCGAUAUGUGGCUAUCAUGGCAAGACAAGGAGCUUUCCAGUCGAUGGGUCCUUCUGCGGCAGAGAUGUGCACCCCAUCAUGCUUAUCUCUCGUUGUGCCACCUUCGGAGGAUAUCGAUGUGGAUGCAGUUGUCUUGUUAGUCACGAAAUUGCUUCGAGCUUUGAAUAAACAUGGAGUGAGGAAACUGCUCAUGCCCGUUUUACAGAGACUGCUGCAGAGCCAAGAGUCCCUUCCUCUGAAGACGGCUCUGCUCCAAGUCCCGUUAGUUAAGGAAGUAUGGAGAGUGGUGGGAACACCCUCGUAUCUACUAUUUAUCCACUCUUCCAUCUUAGCUUGCCUGCGUCGGUCUGCUUCCAGGACCUUGGCAACAGCUGCUUCGAAAGUCCUCGUGAGCAUGUGUUUAGAUUUGGGAGUUCCGAUCACUUUACAUCAGACUGUGCUGCCUCUCUUGCAAGCGUUUGGCCGAGACAUCACACCUGAUCACAUCGAAGUCUUGAUUGGGCUUGGAGAACAAUUGGGUGAAAAACUGGUUGUAAAGCAUUUGCUCCCUACACUUCGUAACACUGUUUCAACGAACGUGGAUUAUUUAAUUACCGAACGACCUGGACCAGCCCAUAGCUGGCGCCUUUUGGCCAUGGUGGAUGCAUUGGCGGUUCUCGAUCGAUUAAGAAACAUCGUAUCUCCAGGAAUGUUUCUUAGGGAGUUACUCCAGGAGCCGCGUAAUGUGUACAUGAAGGUCUUGCUACAACCGCAAUUGCCCUCGAGCUUACUGCAGUGUGCAGCGAGGGCUCUAUUGCUGGUAUGUGAUUUUGUUGGAGCAGAAGCCACAGUUAUGCACGUUUUGCCGCAGCUAAAACAGCUGUUUGAUGGCCUUGCAUUUGCUGGGAAACUGGAGGGAGGAUCAAAAAAUGGGAGAUCUUAUCAGAAGACCAGCCUGGGUUCUGUCAGUCAAGGCUCUCAACCACAGAAACCUGAUGAGAGUACUCAGAACUCAACCGUCCAGGAUAAAUCUAUCCAAUCUCUUAUCUCAGCUGUCCGGUCUGGUGGAAAUAAUGCUUUGACUUUGAACGAGGGACAGAAAGGUGAAGGAGACAUAGCUCUUGUGCAUAUUCUGUACCCCGGGCUUGCCUCUCUCGUAGGAAUUGAACGACUUCGUCAAGGUCUGACUACAUGGCUCCUGUUAGAACAAGCGUUGUUGAAGCACUUCAACUGGAAGUGGGAAGGCUCAGGUGUGAUUCUCUCCAAGAAGGUCGAGAAGCCUAUGUCUCCGGAAAAUAGUUUCGAUUCUGUUAAUCCUGCCAACUUGUUACUCGAUGGUGUUGGCUGGUCAAUACCGCAAUCCCAGGCAAGUAAGUGGAGUAAGUCCCCAGGAUCCAACAGGAGACUGGGUGAAGCCGGUUUAGACAAACCCAAAGUCGUUUCUGAAUCUAAUUCAGGUGAGGAUGAUAGCGCUUGGGCAUGGGUGGUCAGUAAGGACUCUCUGGUGGGUUUUGAAUCAUUUGCUCGAAUAGGCAUUGGCCUGGGAUUAGCUCACGAUGAAUCGAGCUGGAAUUUAACAUCUACCAUAAUCCAUUCCUGGAAAGCUCAUACUGGAUUAGUACGCUCCACGAUCGUUGCUGAGGACGAGAACAGCGUGUAUACUGCUGGUGGAGGUCCACGAGGGGGAUCUGUCGUAAGACAAUGGAGAUUGUCUACUAGUGAAUGCGUAACGGAGUACGCUGGACACGAAGAGGCCGUGAAUGACGUCUGCAUUUUGCCAGGAGGUAGAAGGGUGGCGUCCUGUGAUGGAACACUGCAUAUCUGGAAUGCACAAACAGGACAGCGCGUGGCUUUCUUCGACGAAUCCUCGAGUUCCUCCUCACCGCCAUCCAUGCUAUCGUCCUCUUCGGGCCCGACCGGUCCUGGCACCUCUGUUGGAGAAAAUGGUAGAGUCGCUACUGAUGUGCACAAUAAUAGUGGGGCUUCCAUGCCUAAUCACAGCUUGACGGGGACUUUGACAGCGGGUGGUCUUUACACGUGCAUGCAUGGGAUGGAAGCUGAAGAACGACUUGUUACUGGCAUGGUCAAUGGGUCCUUAAGAUUUUUCGACAUUGUACAAGGUCGUCAAUCGUAUCUUUGGCGUUGCGAACCUGUAGAAGGAUCUUUGACAUCUUUUGUCUCAGCUAUAGCAUCAUCAGGACAAGGGGAAUCAAUGGAGGGCAGAAGAUAUUUCUUGAGCUCCUCAUGGAUCGCAGUUGGUUUUGGCUCUGGGUUGUGCCGACUAGUAGACUACAGAAGUGGGAGCGUUGUGACUCAGUGGCGCGCUCAUGAAGCGUUUAUAACUAAGUUGUCUGUGUUGGAGGAGCGCUACCUUGUGUCCAGCUCACUGGACAAAACAGUGAGCUUAUGGGAUAUAAGAAGGGUGACUUCACCAGAGCGUCUCCAAGUGUUUCGUGGUCACAAGCGAGGAGUAACAAGCUUUGCUAUGAAAGGCUGCGAUAUUCUGUCAGCUGCAGGCAACAAGAUUGGGUUGUCGUCCUUAUCACAGCAGGGCGGAGAGAAACAAACUAUACAGCUUCAAAAACUUUUUGCAUCUGACCCAGUAAACCGUCUCAUAUCCAACAUCUCUGCCAUCGCGGUUCUGCCUUUUUCGAGAUUAUUUUUAAUCGGUACUGACGACGGCUGUCUCAAAAUCUGUACAUAAGAGCUUCAGUAUUCCUUGUAAAUUGGAUUAUUAGUUUCCGGAUAAUGCAAUACUUUCCACGUCUACUGCGCAUUGCAGUCUGGAAAUUUUCAACCUCGUCUUCACUUCUCACGACGAUGGUGUCAGUUGUGAGAAGAAAAUUAUGACCAAUUUAAACGUGUUGAUGGUUCUUGGUUUGUUAUGCGAUUCUCACACUGCGGCAUAUCAGAGAGUAAGGAAAAAGUAUCUCAUACGAGAACCAGCGUCGAAGAACCUGGGGUGAUGUUGUAGGAGGUCAUAGAGAGUUAUCAACUUCAAAAAGUACUCUGCGUCAAGAUACAGCUGAAGUGUAAAAGCAGCUGAAGUGUAAUAGCAAUGUGUUCUAGUCGUCUGACAACAUGAAUCCAAAGAUCACAUCUGUAAGUAGAAAGUAGUUCUAGGUUAUGGUCGAGGAAACUCGUACAUGUUGGAUUGGCGGGGAGGAUGAUGACCCGGCUAGAAGAAACGUAGACAUUAAGAUGCAGGUGAUUAUUUUGUCACAAAAUGAAUAAAAAACGUUAGCAUGCACCCCAUGAGUGUGAAAUGCAGGCGCCGU